GUGAGCACCUUCAAUCAGAACGAGUUCAAAUAUGUUUUUGGCAUAAAGAAGCUUGCCGUCGGUGCGCACUCGCGAGCGAAGCCACCUUUUUCGCCAAGGUGUGCUUGGAGCACAUACGUCGGAUCUUCACCGAGAUUCCAACCGCGACAUCAUUCAGUAAAACCGGCAGUUCAAAAUAUUGCCCGGGUCGUCAUUCCUCGGUGGGUACCGAGCAAGAUCGUCCUGCAUGAACAAGGUGGCGGCGGGCAUCGCGCGAGUGCAGGCUGCCUCCAGAUGGGUCGGUAGAACUUAUUCACUCAUUAUGGUCAAGUUCCAACGCUUCGGUGUUGGCAAGCAGCACCAGCUGGAGUGA